UGUAUUUUCUUCACAUUGCGACAGACGCCGGCGUCAAGGUUGGACUGCGGACACGUCCAGUUUGAAGGAGUACCGCGGAUUACAAAAUGGAGCACCGCGGAUUACUCCUCUUGUGCUUGAGUGCAUGCCUCGUCUCGGCUUCGGGAGACACCUUCGGAGCUGGUCUGAAGCUUUUAAGAAGGAUGUACGACAAUUGCGAACGAUCAGAGCAAAUUGUCAAAUGUUUCAAAAUUCAGGCGGCGAAGUUGGCCGACCGUGCAUCUAGGAUGGAAUCUUUACCUAUCAUAGAUGGAAUAUCCCUAAUCAAAAGAGAAGACUCAGGAAGGGCAUUCCCGUCUGCAUUGCCCGAAGGAGACUUGAAUUCCCUGCCGGCGGAGCAAGUGGACAAACUCCUGAACGUAGCUACUUCAAAAUUGAUGCAGACACAUCGCGUAGUGAUCUCACCGACGAGUGUAGGAGCUGAUGUAGGGCGCUCUUUAAAUGAAGGCAGGAGUAAAUUGAAGAAGAUGAUUGGCCCGAUUAUUGCUGGUGUUCUUCUGAAGGGUGGUUUCCUAGCUAUGGCAUUCCAGGCUAUUGCUAUCAUCGCUGGCAAGGCUCUGCUUAUCGGUAAGAUUGCUCUGUUACUCUCUGCUAUCAUUGGUCUUAAAAAGUUGGUGACUGGAGGCGAAGCUCACGAGAAGACUACGUACGAGAUUGUGAAGCAUCCUCAGGUUUCCCAAAGUCACACUUUCUCGUCAGCACAUUAUGGAAGUGACUUCGACACUACUGGUCCUGGAGGUCAUUAUAGAAGGAGCGUGGAAGACGAGGCCGCAGCACAAGACAGGGCUUACAGAGCAUACGCCCAAAAGCAGUAAGAAACAAUCUAUAGAACCCUUACGACUC